CAUUGAAGAUUAUGGUAUGUUAAUUGAAUAAUCUUGAUUUACUGAAAUUGUAUGGAAAAUAAAACGAAAACAACAAUGGUUCUUGUUGAGAUGCGACUACCAAUCGUAAUCGUAACGAUAAUAAUAUCGCUGAUUUUCAUAUUGACAUUGCCUUCAUUGUCCACCACCGUCACAGCUAUGGUCGAAACCGCUAUGAAUGGUGGCCGAAAUGUACAUCCGUUUACACCAGCGGCAAGCAACAAAGAAUGGCGAAUCAAUGAAAAAAUUCGACGCAAAUUUUUGACCGUGCAACGAACAUUGGAUUGUCAUGAACGUUCAUUCACAUUCAAAGCUGUGCGAACAGAUCCUGAAACCGGUUUACAAUGUCGCGAUUAUAUCCGGCUGUUAUCAUGUUGGGGUCGUUGUUCCAGCGGUGAGAUAUCCGACUAUCGUUUUCCAUAUAAACGUUCAUUUCAUAAUGUUUGCAUUCAUGACCUGGUCGAAAAACGACGAUAUGAAUUGACUGAUUGUGAUCCAGGCGCACCCGAAUCAUUGCGGUCAUACGAAGCGAUGGUUGCUAGACGCUGUGUUUGUCGUCGUUGUGAAACAUCAUCAAUCAAUUGUGAAAGUUCAUCAAUCGAUCUCGAUUAUAUUUAAUGCAACAUGCAACCAACCACACAAUCAAUCACACAAUCAUUCAUGCAAUCAUUCAUACAUUCAAUCACCUGAU